GGAUCAUCCAUUGCCAUCCAAACAUAAAGUCAGACACAUACAGUACAGAGGCUUUUGCUGAUUCUUAAGAAGAUGAGAUCUGCUCUUGCUUUAUUGCCUCUCAUGCUUAUCUUGUUUGUAGAAAUCGUAGAAUCAAGAAAUAAUCUGGGAGAAUAUUGGAAAUUAUUCAUGAAAGAUCAAAACAUGCCAGAAGAAAUUCAAGGACUCCUUAGCGCCAACACUAAAAGUAAUCUCAAGACCUUAGAAAAGAAAGUGUUUGGAGAGGAUAUUGAACCAAGGCGUAAUAUUUCGGCAUAUAAAAAUGAUGGCAGUAAGCAAGAUGUCAAAGACUUUGAACCAAGGUCCAACAUUUCAGCUUAUGGAGACAAUGACAUUGAUGUAAAAGAAAAGAAUGGAGCCAUUAAAGAUUUUGAACCUAGACCUAAUAUUUCAGCUUAUGGAGAAAAUGUCAUUGAUGCUGAUGAAAAGAAGAAACCAGUCAAAGAUUUUGAACCAAGACCCAAUAUUUCAGCUUAUGGAGACAAUGACAUUGAUGUUAAGGAAAAUAAGGGAGCCACCAACGAUUUUGAGCCAAGACCCAACAUUUCAGCUUAUGGAGACAAUGUCAUUGAUGAUAAUAAAAUGAAGAAACCAGUUGAAUAUUUCCAACCAAGACCAAACAUUUCAGCUUAUGGAGAAAAUGACAUUGAUGUUAAAAAAAGUAAAGAUUUUGAACCAAGACCCAACAUUUCAGCUUUUGGAGACAAUGACAUUGAUGUUAAUGAAAAGAAGGGAGAUACUAAAGAUUUCGAACCAAGACCAAAUAUUUCAGCUUAUGGAGACAAUGCCAUUGAUGAUGAUGAAAUGAAGAAACCAAUUAAAGAUUUUAAACCAAAACCAAACAUUUCGGCUUAUGGAGACAAUGUCAUUGAUGCUGAUGAAAUGAAGAAACCAGUCGAAGGUUUUGAACCAAGACCAAACAUUUCAACUUAUGGAGACAAUGUCAUUGAUGUUGAUGAAAUGAAGAAACAACAAGUCAAAGAUUUUGAACCAAGAACCAACAUUUCAGCUUAUGGAGACAAUGACAUUGAUGUUAAAGAAAAGAAGGGAGUCACCAACGAUUUUGAGCCAAGACCCAACAUUUCAGCUUAUGGAGACAAUGUCAUUGAUGCUAAUAAAAUGAAGAAACCAGUUGACGAUUUCCAACCAAGACCAACUAUUUCAGCUUAUGGAGACAAUGCCAUUGAUAAUAGUAAAACGAAUGAAGUCAUCAAAGAUUUUGAAUCAAGACCCAACAUUUCAGCUUACGGUAACAAUGAAGUUGACACUAAGAAAAAAGAAAAAGCUGCCAAAGAUUUUGAACAAAGACCCAUUAUUUCAGCUUAGGAAGACAACAUCAUUGAUGCUGAGAAAGAUGACGAGUUCACAAAGGAUUUUGAACGCAUGCCAAGAGUCACUAAAUAUGAUGCAUAACUUUAAUAAUUAAAAUAAAAUGCUAUUUCAAUUUCUGAUGUAAUACACUUAAUAAGUCAUUGCUACUUUAUGUUCAAUGAUAUUUAGUAUAUGUAUUAUGCAUUAAGCUUUUUGAAUGAAGGAACUUCUCCUUGUUUACUGAUGA